AUGGCUCCGAAGCGUGCAGUGCUUGGCGCCGGCUAUGCAACCGACCAGAUGACCAAUGAGAUGGUGGAACUCAUUGAGAGGUUGGAGAACAUGAGCGUGGAAGACCUUUCUAACUUGCAGACGCAGUAUGACGCAGAGUUGGCAACCAUCCAGAUGAAGAUGAACCUUCCGAAGGACCGUCGCAGUCAGAUUGAGUAUGACAACCCUGCCAUUGCUGCCAAAGCCAAAGCACGGGCGAAGAGUGAAGCCAAUGCCAGGGCUUUGGAAUUGAAGCGUGAAGGUUCUACGACCAUCAGCGCCAUGACCAUGCCUGCUGGAACAGUGGUGCAGUCUGUCAUCAACAAGAACAAGACCGUUGGAAAGGCACGCAGUCGCAUCAUCAAGUUGUCAGGUUCGUUCCCGUUGGUUGGCAAGAAGAACGGAAUGUUGAAGCGAGACAUCCUCAUCAUUGACGUCAAUGGCAAGGUGCUCGGAGACAGACUUUUCAUCUACAACACUUCGUCCAUCACCAAGCCUGACGAGAUGAACAAGGUCGUGAUGACUAUGACCCAGAAACGUUCGCCUUCCCUGUCUUUCCAGAUGGUGAUGCUUCUGAUGAGACUCCAAUCGCCGAUGAUGAUGUUGACACUUCUGGUGAGGAAAACUGAUUUUUGGUCAUGA